AUGGCCGCGAAGCUCACCCCUCUCAAAGACCUCAAAGUCCUCCGGCACCAAAUCCCAGCUCACGACCUAACCCCCAACACCUCUUUGGCUCGCAAACCCUUGCUGAUCUACAAAUCCGCCUUUCUCACCUCAACAUCCGCUUCCCAAACCGAAUCUCACCUAUCAACGGUCGGUGUUGUCACCCCACAAUGGCGCUAUACGAUGUACAGCACCACGCGUUUCCACAGCACUUCGCGCGAACUUCUGGCUGUGAGCAGGGGCAAAGCAAAGCUUUGCUUCGGGCACGAGGAGAAUGAGGGGAGGGUUAAGACGGUGGUAGAAAGGGGCGAUGUUAUUGUUGUGCCGGCGGGGGUGGGGCAUAGGUUGCUUGAGGAUCUUACGGAGGGGGGUGGGGGGUUUGAGAUGGACGAGAGCUAUCCGAGGGGAUGCAAUUGGGAUAUGUGCUAUGGAAAGAAAGGGGAGGAGUCGAAAGUUGAGAAGAUCAAAGGGUUGCCGUGGUUUGAAAGGGAUCCGGUUGAUGGGGACGAAGGGCCUGUGUUGGAUGUUUGA